UUCCUCCUCCUCCUCCCCUCCCCUCCUUUGAUUCUUCCUUCAUUCCUCUCUGGAACACCCCUUCCACCGCUCGACGAUUCGGGAUCCAACGCAAUAGGAACGAUGACCAGAAACGCAAGUCAAGGUGUCUCCGGCCUGCAGAGGCUGUUCGUUCAAUGCAGAUUCAAACCAGUGCUAGGAUCAACUCUUCAUCUCCAUGAUCCCGUCUCCAGCACCAAGGUUCGUCUGACGGUAACCGCACAAAACGCGUUUGCAGCCAACACUAUCACCCAAUCUCGAUCCCAAUCCCAAUCCCAAUCCCAAUUGCAAUUACAAGCGCAACAUCGCAACUAUUCCACAGGAUCCUCUACAAAUCAAUCCACAGCAACCCCAGCGACUUCAGGAUCGAUUCUGACGACGAACCAUCGCAACGAGAACCCUACGCCCGCCUGGACAAGGGACGACGAUAAAAUGCUCGCAGUUCUCCGACGCAAAAAAUCAGAUCUUGCGCAGAUCCAGAUCUAUAUGCCGCAUCAACCCAUUGCCGUGAUCGAAGCUCGACUAAAAGAACUGGAGACCAAAGCCAAGCAGAAGCCGACCUUCCAACGGUGGACCGCAAAAGAAGACGAGCAGCUGGUGAGGGCCGUGAGAGAAUUUGGGUUGAGUAAUUGGAGUGAGAUCUCGGAUGUGUACUUUUCAUCGACGGAACGUAGCAGACGGAGUGCACGGUCUUGUCAGAUUCGGUGGAAGUUCCUUCAUCCGGACUCGUCCUCCCCUUUGUCCCCUUUCUUGGCAGCAGCAGCAGCAACAACAACAGCAACAACAGCAGCAGAAGCAGCAGAAGCAGCAGUAGAGUCGACAGAGUCAGCAGAAUUAGGAAUUGGGUCAGGAUCAGGAUUAGGAUUAGGAUCAGGGGCGUACAGGACGGGCCCUUGGUCCCCCGAGGAAGUUGAACUCCUCCAAGAACUCGUGAACCCAAACCCGACAGCGGAAGCCCCGAACGACUGGAACGAGAUCUCGCGGGCGAUUGGGACACGAUCUGCACUCCAAUGCCACUCACAGUUCCGGACGGUGUUGCAUUCGGGCACGAAGGGGAAAUGGACGGUGGAGGAAGUGAACAGGUUGUUGGAGGCUAGGGAGUUGUUUGGGGGGGAUUGGCAGAAGGUUGCGAAGCACGUGGGUACAAGGGCUCCGGGACAGGUGCGACAGAAGUGGAAUCAGUUCUCGGAGGAUGUGCUGAGACGACUGCAGGCUAGGCGGCAGAGGGGGAAACAGGGCGAGGAGGAGGAGGAGGAGGAGGGAAGCAAGUCGUAGGGGUGAGGCAGGAAGGGAGGGAAGGACGGGAAAGGAAGGGAGGGCGAGAGGGGCGGGAAGGGGCGAGAGGGCGAGAGAGGGCGAGAGAGGGCGAGAGGUAGGAGAGAAAGUCGAAAAGUGUGAAAGUAGACCGAAAGAAAUGGAAGAAAAGAAGGAUCGUGCGCUUGCUAAAUAUAAAAGAGCGCUUUUGGGGGAACUUGCGUACGACGCAAAAUGGUACUCAGCCCUUGGGUUUGAUCGGACAAAGACUGUCGCUAUAACGCCCUAUUAUUCUUC